UCCAUCAGCGCCCACAGGAGGCGGCGCGGCGCCUCCGCAGCUCCACAAAUAGAAGCGAAGCUUUGCAACGGGAACGAACGGCCGUGCAAAGCCGUGCAAAGCCGUGCAACGCCGUGCAACGCCGUGCAACGCCGUGCAAAGCCGUGCGACCCCCUUUGCACACAGCAAAACCCGUGGGCAGCUGCAAACUGACCCCGAGCCAAAGGGUUUUGCAAAACCCGCCCAGCCCACGUGCAAGAGCCGAAGCCACGUGCAAAGCCGGAGCACGCGGUGCAAUGGGCGGCGUGCACGUGCAGCGCCCGGGUGGGCGUGCAAACGGCAAAGCCACGUGCAAGCUCCGCACGCGAAAAAAACACACGCGCGCACACGGAGCACGUUGCAAACGUGCUGCAGGACGCACGGGGGAAAUGCGAACUGCAAAUGCACGUGCACGCUCUGCAGGCUGCAAGUGCAACUGCAAACCACAAAGCCAGGUGCAAAACCGGAGCUCGGGUUGCAAACACCCUGCAGACCCCAAACGCAGCUGCAAACCCCAAGCAUGCAUUGCAAUCAUUGUGCAAAACCCAAAGAGCAGCUGCAAACCCCAAACCCAGUUGCAAACCCAGAGCUCAGGUUGCAAACACCCUGCAGACCCCAGAAUGCAGCUGCAAACCCCAAACCCAGUUGCAAACAUUGCAAACACCCUGCAGACCCCAAAUUGCACCUACAAACCCCAAACCCAGGUGCAAAUUCCAAGCAUGCAUUUGCAAACAGUGUGCAAAACCCAAAUUGCAGCUGCAAACCCCAAACCCAGUUGCAAGCAUUGCAAACACCUGCAGACCCCAAAUUCCACCUGCAAACCCCAAACCCAGCUGCAAAUCCCAAGCAUGCACUGCAAACACUGUGCAAAACCCAAAGAGCAGCUGCAAACCCCAAACCCAGGUGCAAACAUUGCAAACACCCUGCAGACCCCAAACGCAGCUGCAAAGCCCAAACCCAGGAGCAAAUCCCAAGCAUGCAUUGCAAACACUGUGCAAAACUCACAGAGCACCUGCAAACCCCAAAACCAUUUGCAAACCCAGAGCUCAGGUUGCAAACACCCUGCAGACCCCAAAAUGCAGCUGCAAACCCCAAACCCAGCUGCAAACCCUGCAAGCACCCUGCAGACCCCAAAUGCAUCUACAAACCCCAAACCCAGGAGCAAAUCCCAAGCAUGCAUUGCAAACACUGUGCAAAACCCAAAGAGCAGCUGCAAACCCCAAACCCAUCUGCAAACCUGGAGCUCAAUUUGCAAACACCCUGCGGACCCCAAAAUGCAGCUGCAAACCCCAAACCCAGGUGCAAAUCCCAAGCAUGCAUUUGCAAACACUCUGCAAAACCCAAAGAGCAGCUGAAAACCCCAAAAUGCAGCAGCAAACCCAGAGCUCAGGUUGCAAACACCUUGCAGACCCCAAAAUGCAGCUGCAAACCCCAAACCCAGGUGCAAACAUUGCAAACACCUGCAGACCCCAAACGCACCUGCAAACCCCAAACCCAGCUGCAAAUCCCAAGCAUGCAUUGCAAACACUGUGCAAAACCCAAAGAGCACCUGCAAACCCCAAAAUGCAGCAGCAAACCCAGAGCUCAGGUUGCAAACACCCUGCAAACCCAAAAUGCAGCUGCAAACCCCAAACCCAGUUGCAAACCCUGCAAGCACCCUGCAGACCCCAAAUGCAUCUACAAACCCCAAACCCAGGUGCAAAUCCCAAGCAUGCAUUGCAAACACUGUGCAAAACCCAAAGAGCAGCUGCAAACCCCAAACCCAGCUGCAAACCUGGAGCUCGGGUUGCAAACAACCUGCAAACCCCAAAAUGCAGCUGCAAACCCCAAACCCAUUUGCAACCC